CAGUGAUGCUAGUUCCACAAAAAUGGCACUUCUUCAAAAAGCAUUUCAGCAACUUUCAAGGAUACCUUUCAGAGGAAACCUAUCAAAUAAUAGGACAUUGUUUACACAGACCUCUCCUACUCUCUUCAAAGUCACAGAUGUUGUUAGUGCAGAGCCAUUGAAAAAGAGGCGAAGGACUGACCCACAACUGGUAGCUGCCAGAGAUGCCAAGAGGAAGAGAAGGAUAGAGAAGGCAAUCAAGAAACUUAUGAAGACAGGGAGAAAGUUGAAGCCUGUUGAUGAAAUUGAAGGAGAUAGGAAACUGCAAAAAGAAAAGAAAGAGCGCAAUCGUGAGUUGCCAACACUAAGCAAUGAACAGUUAGAUAACAGAGCAAUCUUAAUGAAAGAAUGGAACUUGUAUAAGGGUGUCCAGUACAAGAAGGAAUGUGCCAGUAUUAACACAAUGCUAGAAUGCCAGGCAAAGGCUCUCUCUGAACUGAAAUUAGAAUCAGAAGAAUUAUAUAUGGCAGCAAUUCAGGUUGAUUAUCAGCUUUUACCAUAUGAGGUUAAUGGACCAGUUAGAACGCCACCUAUUAAAGGUUAUGAUCCUCCCGAUGGGGAAUACACAGACACUACAAAAACUUAUGAAGUAGAAAUUGGGGAUGUCACAACUGUAUUGAAACAAUUUAUAAGGAAAUAAUCUAUUACAAGGAGAAAGUAUCCUUUUGACCAUUGAUGGUUAGGACAUUGUUUACUUUCUUUUAUUGAUAGAGUGUAGUGAAUAAUCAUGAUUUGAAAACCAGAUCUCUCCUUUUUAGCACAAUGUGUUUAUUGGUAUGUAUGUCAUGUCAUGUCAUGUUAAUCAAAUCAAUAUAUGAUGAACGUUAAACACGUCAUGAGGGAAAAUUUAUUGCCAAUAAUACCCGUUGUUAUAAGCUCUGAUGGAAUAAGCUAUGCUGUAAUAAGCUCUGAAGUAAUAAGCCUGAUGGUAUUGGUGUUGGAUUGUACCUGUUCCCUGUUAUUGAGGAAAAUAUAUUUGGCACCCUUUAGGUAUAAAUACUUGUUGUCUUUUACUUUAGGCUCCACAUGGAUCUUUAUUAGUUGUAUUGAACCAUGCUGGUGUACUUUUACAUUUUUCACUGCCUGACUCACUUGUACUGUCAUUUAUAAAUCUCAUAUGGUUCUUUCAAUCUCUAAUUUUCAAUGGUGCUGUUAAUUGUAAUCAAUCUGUCAAUCAGACUCUUUAUUGUUAAUCCUUAAUGAUACUCUCAUAUAUAUUCCCUAAUAGUUAUGUAAAUUAUAAAUCCACAGUGGUACUGUCAUGUGCAAACUAAGAGUAUUUCAAUUUGAAUUAUCUGUAGUACUGUACUGUCAAUUUGUAAUUUUUAAUCCUGAAUACUGUAUAUAUUUGCAGUGGUACUGUCUAUUUGUGCCGUUUAAACCCCCCCCAGCGGUAAUGUCUAUU